AUGGACGUGGCUUCCAGUGCAAAGCAGGAAUCACCGCCACAGCUUCCGGAGGCCAAUCGCAUCGAUAUUGGCGAGACCAUCGGUGGAUCCCAAACGCGUAAAUAUCUGAACGAACGAGUGACGCCGGCGUUGCUUCGAGGUAUGCGAUUACUGGCCAAGGACCAGCCUGAGGAUCCGCUGCGAGCUUUAGGCGAGUAUCUCAUCCAAGAAAGUCAGCAGCAGGCAUCGUCGGUUUCUGCGGAGUCGAACGCUUCAUCGAACAAUUAG